AUGGCUCGCGGCAAGAAGAAGGGAGGCCGUCGCGGCGACGACUCGGACUCGGACGACGCGCGCAAGGCGCCGCCCCCGGCCCCCGCGGCCGCCGGCGAGAGCGACAAGAAGGCGGCGCGCAAGGAGAAGCUGAAGGCCAAGAAGGCGCAGCGCCAGGCCGCCAAGGCCAGCGAGGAGCAGGCCAGCCAGCGCACGGCCUCGGACGCCGAGCAGGAGCAGGAGCAGGAGGAGGAGGACGAGGAGGACCCGUACGCGCAGGAGGAGAAGCCGGAGCCUGUGGUGGAGAAGAAGAAGGAGAAGAAGGACAAGAAGAAGGGCAAGAAGAAGAUGAUCUCCACCGACCUGUUCUUCGACCCCGACAAGGACGGCAAGCGCCUCAGCAACAAGGAGCGCAAGCGCCUGAAAGAAGAGCAGGAGCGCCAGGAGCGCGAGGAGGAGUACCACCGCGCCGCCAACCCCAUGGACGGCGCGCAGUUCUCCGUCUCGCAGCAGGCCUUCACGGAGGACUCGAACUGGGAGAACGCCACGGACAUCCACAUCGAGAACUUCAGCAUCAACGCGCACAACAAGCUGCUGUACGACAACGCGUCGCUGCACAUUAACGCUGGCGGCAAGUACGGUCUGGUCGGACCCAACGGUCAGGGUAAGACCACGAUCCUGAAGAUGAUUGCGCUGGGCGAGCUCAAGAUCCCGCCCAAGAUCGACUGCCUGUACGUGGAGCAGGAGGUUGUGGCCGACGACACGCGCGCUGUCGACGCCGUGCUGAAGGCCGACGCCGAGCGCUGGGCGCUGCUGGAGGAGGAGAAGCACCUGCUUGCCGAGCUGGAGACCAAGCAGGACUCGGCCCUGGACGACCGACUGAACGAGGUGUACGAGCAGCUGUCGACCAUGAACGCGUCUGCUGCCGAGGCCCGCGCGCGCCGUAUUCUUUUCGGUCUGGGUUUCGACUCGGCCAUGCAGGAGAAGGUCACGAAGGACUUCUCGGGUGGUUGGCGUAUGCGUAUCUCGCUGGCCAAGGCCCUGUACGUGGAGCCGACGCUGCUGAUGCUGGAUGAGCCGACGAACCACUUGGACCUGAACGCCGUCAUUUGGCUGGACGACUACCUGCAGAAGUGGAAGAAGACGCUGCUCGUGGUGUCCCACGAUGCCGACUUCCUCAACAGCGUGUGUACGGAGGUGCUGCACCUUGAGAACAAGAAGAUCGCCCACUACAAGGGUAACUACGACAUGUUCCGUGAGAUGGAGAAGCAGAAGCGGAAGCAGAUGGAGAAGGCCUGGGAGAAGCAGCAGAAGCAGCUCCGUAACCUUAAGGCUUCCGGUAAGUCGUCGAAGAAGGCUACAGAGAUCGUCAAGAAGAAACGUGAGCCUGGUGCUCGUUCGGCGAAGAAGAAGGCGCUUAUGCCCGAUGACGCGGCCGAUGCAUCGGCCCCCAUGGAGCUGCUGGAGCGGCCGAAGGAGUACAUUGUGCAGUUCAGCUUCCCGGAGACGACGGUCGUGUCGCCUCCCAUUCUUGAGGUUCGCGAGGCCAGCUUCCGCUAUGGCGAGGGCCCGUACCUGUUCAAGAACUCGGACUUCGGUAUCGACACGUCGUCGCGCGUGUGUAUCGUGGGCCCCAACGGUGUGGGUAAGAGUACGCUGCUGAAGAUGAUCACGGGUGAGGUCAUCGUGACGGAGGGCGAGGUGCGUCGCAACCCGCGCGUGCGUCUGGGUAUUUACAACCAGCACUUCGUGGACAAGCUGCCCAUGGGCGAGACGCCCGUCGAGUACCUGCGUCGCCUGUUCCAGGACCAGUCCUAUCAGCAGGUGCGUAACCUGCUCGGCAAGGUCGGCCUCGAGGGCCACGCACACGAGAUCAAGAACCGCCUGCUGUCUGGUGGCCAGAAGGCCCGUGUGGUGAUCGCCGAGCUGAUCCUGAUGCGCCCGCACAUCCUGAUCCUGGAUGAGCCGACGAACAACCUGGAUAUCGAGUCCAUCGACGCGCUGUGCGACGCCAUCCGCGAGUUCGAGGGCGGUGUGGUGAUUGUUACGCACGACGCCCGUUUGAUCGAGUCGACCGAGUGUGUGCUGUGGGUGUGCGGCGACCAGGACGUGGUGGUGUACGACGGCACGUUCGAGGACUACAAGCAGUCGAUCCUGGACGACCUGCAGAAGCAGGCGCACGCCGAGGAGGAGCGUCUGCAGGAGAACGCCGCCAAGAAGGCCGAGGCUCGCGCCCAGAAGAUGCUCAAGCAGACGGCGGCCGCCACCGAGGCCGCGGCCUAA